CUGCAAGGCAUUGGAGAGGAGUGACCAGUGACAGGCGACAGGAACACAGGAGUACCAUGCCACUUCAGGAGGAGACCCUCCGGGAAGUGUGGGCCUCAGACAGUGGCCAUGAAGAGGACUGGCUGAGCCCGGAGCCCCAGCUGCGCCCCAAGCAGCGACCCAUCCAGGGACAGAAGUUGAGGAAGAAGAAGUCUGAGACCCCUGAGUCUCCAGUAUCCAAGCCCCGAAGAGCUGGAGCUGGGCGCAAGAAGCUCGAAGAGCCACCGGCAGACCCCAUCGAGGCACACACUGCGCCCACAGUCUACGCCAAGUUCCUUCGGGACCCCGAGGCCAAGAAGCGGGACCCCCGGGAAACCUUCCUGGUUGCCCGCGCCCCAGAUGUGGGAGGCGGUGAUCUUCUCUCCAUAGAAGAAGAUUCCGAGGAUUCGGAUGACGAUGAUGAAGAAGAGGAGGAAGAGAGGAAAAAAGAGAAAAGCUCUCUGCCUCCCAGGAAGGCACCCAAAGAGAGAGAGAAGAAAGCCAAGGUCCUAGGUCCGCGGGGGGACCCAGGAAGCCCUGAAGCCCCCCGGAAACUGCCCCGCCCCAAGAAGAAGGAGGCAGGGGAGGGAACCAAGCUGAAAAAGGCAAAGAAGAAAGGAGCUGGGGAGGCUGACAAGGAACCGGAACCCUCAAGGAGCCCAGCAGCCCCGAGAAAGAAGGUCCCAGCAGCCAUGUUCCUGGUUGGGGAAGGUGGCCCGCCUGAGAAGGAUGUGAAGAUGAAAGGGCCUCCCAAAGGCUCAGAGGACAAGAAGAAGGAGGAAGAGGAGGAGGAGGGAGAGGAGGAACCUGCAGCGAUGAGGAACAGCAACCAGAAGGGCAAAGCGAAAGGAAAAGGCAGAAAGAAGGUGAAGGAGGAGAGGGCCCCAUCUCCCCCCGUGGAAGUGGGUGAACCCCGGGAGUUUGUGCUUCAGCCAGCGCCCCAGGGCAAGGCAGUGCGCUGCCGGCUGACUCGGGACAAGAAGGGCAUGGACCGCGGCAUGUACCCAUCAUACUUCCUGCAUCUGGACACGGAGAAGAAGGUGUUCCUCUUAGCUGGCAGAAAACGCAAGCGCAGUAAGACAGCCAACUACCUCAUCUCCAGAGACCCUACCAACUUGUCCAGAGGAGGGGAGGAUUUUGUUGGAAAGCUGAGGUCCAAUCUCCUGGGCAACCGCUUCACCGUCUUUGACAACGGGCAGAACCCACAGCGUGGCGGAGGUGUGGACGUGGGGAGCCUGCGCCAGGAACUGGCAGCUGUGGUCUAUGAAACAAAUGUUUUAGGGUUCCGAGGACCCCGUCGCAUGACUGUCAUCAUUCCUGGAAUGAACUCGGACAAUGAGAGGGUUCCUAUCCGGCCCCGAAAUUCCAGUGAUGGGCUAUUGGUGCGCUGGCAGAACAAGACACUGGAAAGCCUCAUCGAACUACAUAACAAACCACCCAUCUGGAACGAAGACAGUGGCUCCUACACCCUCAACUUCCAGGGCCGGGUCACCCAGGCCUCAGUCAAGAACUUUCAGAUUGUGCACGCUGAUGACCCCGACUAUAUAGUGUUGCAGUUCGGCCGUGUGGCUGAGGACGCCUUCACUCUGGACUACCGGUACCCGCUGUGCGCCCUGCAAGCCUUCGCCAUCGCCCUCUCCAGCUUCGACGGGAAGCUGGCCUGCGAGUGAC